AUGGUCAACGCUACCACUAGUUAUGAGAGACUCACAUUCCUCGAUGCGUAUUUUGGGUAUAACCAGAUCCUUAUGAAUCUAGAGGAUGAAGAGAAAACUUGCUUCAUAAUAAAGAAAGACACCUACUGUUACAGAGUGAUGCCUUUCGGAUUCAAGAAUGCUGGGGCGACUUACCAACGUCUCGUUAACAAGAUCUUUGAUGAGAUGUUAGGAAAGACGGUCGAGGCCUACAUCGAUGACAUGGUGGUUAAAAGUGUGAAAAAGGAGGAUCAUCCCAAGCACCUCCAGGAAGUCUUUGACACUUUAAGAAAGUAUAACAUGAAGUUGAAUCCUUCUAAGCGUUCCUUUAUAGUCUCUACAGGGAAGUUACUCGGCCAUAUUGUCAACAAGAGAGGAAUAGAGGGACCUCAACAGCAAGUGGCUCUCAAUCAAUUGAAGUGCUACACAGCUGAACCUUUAUUUCUGUCUACUCCAAAGCCUGGUGAGACUCUCAUUAUGUACUUAGCAAUCUCCAGCAUAGCCACAAGUGCCGUACUGAUCAGAGAAGAAGGGAAGAAUCAGCAUCCGGUCUUCUAUGCUAGUAAGACAAUGACAGAUGCUAAGACAUUGUACAGCAAAAUAGAGAAGAUCAUACUAGCAUUGGUAGACGGCUCCUCGAACCUAACUAGUGCAGGGGCUGGAGUCGUCAUCAUAACCUCUAAAGGCACCAAGCUGCAGCAAUCAAUCUGUCUAACUUUUCUUGCUACUAACAACGAAGCCGAGUAUAAGGCCUUGCUCGCUGGGCUUCGGUUGGCAAACCAGCUCCAGGUGACAGACAAAUAUCAGCCCAAAGAAAAAAGAAUGAAAGCAUACAAAGAGGUUGUGGAGAAUCAGUUGGCUGCCGCAGCAUCUUCUUCAGACGAAGAUUUGGUUUGGAUAAUAUCAAUUGACAUCUUGGACGAACCUAACAUAAACCCUCGGCAGGAGGUAAUGGUGAUCCCAGAUAUUCCACGAGAACUAUGCUGGAUGGAUCAACUGGAAGCUUACCUCAAGCAUGGAACUCUUCCGAACCAAAAAGCCAAGGCACGAAAACUCAGGCUCACCACAGUCAAAUAUUCUAUCAUCAAUAAUCAAUUGUUUCGGAAGUCAUUCUUAGGUCCCUACCUGAAGUGUUUAAGCCCCACUGAAACCCUCGUGAUUCUGAAGCAGAUUCAUGACAGGGAUUAUGGCAACCACUCCGGCGGCAGAUCCUUAGCACAUAAGCCUGCUAAAGAUUUGCACGCAAUAGCAAACCCAUGGCCAUUCGCACAAUGGGGGAUUGAUAUGGUCAGGCCUUUACCCAAAACUGUGGAGCAAAAGGAAUACGUGUUGUUAGCCAUGGAUUACUUCACAAAAUGGGUGGAGGAAGAGGCUUAUUCAUGUGUGACCCAUGAGCAAGUAAAAAGUUUUCUGUGGAACAACAUAAUCUACCGAUUUAGAGUGCCGAAGGUUAUCAUGAUGGAUAAUGGUCCCAACUUGGACAACAAAAGCACAAGAAAAUUCUUCGCCGAGCAUGAGAUCAGGCAGAAUUUGGCCAUAGUUAGCCAUCCGCAAGGAAUGGGUAGGCUGAAAUAA